AUAAGAACGGAAGAGAGAGGAGACUAGACUGCUCUUUCAUCGUCUUCUCCUUCUGUGGAAUUAAAUUUUUUUGUUUUCGGAAAAAAAUCUCUCAGUUUCCAUUUCCGUCGUGCAUUUACUCAAAUCCUAACCCUAACUCUCUGAAUCGCACGGAGGCUUCGUCGGAUUAUUUCACACCUAACUCUCUCUCUCUCUCUCUCUUCAGGGUUAAAAAAUCGAUUGUUUAGAUAUUUUACUGUCGUCGAUCGGAGCUUCAAUCCGAGUCUCUCUUUAACAACAAACCCUAAUUUUUGUCCGCUGAUGAUGGCCUCCGCCGCUACUAACAACAACAACUCCACCGUCUCAAGCGAGAAUCGCGGCAGCCCUACACAACCACGCCGUCCCUCUCCGUGGAGUCAGAUCGUCCGCGGCGGCGAAUCAGAGCCGCCGACGAUCUCUGCCGCCGCACCUUCCUCUCCUCAAUCCAAGGCUCCGAUUGAUCCGAUUGCUCCACCUGCUCCUCUUGCUGGAGACGACGGAUCGGAGGAGUCUGGUGGUGCUCAGCAGGGCAAUGCAGGAAAGAAGGCAGUUUGGAAAAGGCCAUCAUCGUCUAAUGGUGGGGCUUCUGAGGUGGGAGGACCUGUCAUGGGAGCUUCGUCGUGGCCUGCUCUCUCUGAGACCACCACCACCAAACCUCCUUCCAACAAGUCUUCCUCUGAUUCGUUAAAAAGUCUCGGCGAUGUACCUUCGCUGGUCCCCCUUUCUCAGGGAAAUGCAAAUGCUUCUGUUCCAAAACAAGGUGGUCGUGCAAACCCUAACCAAACACCAAACAACCACUCGCGCCAGAGAUCAUUUAAACGGAAUGGCGCUUCUGGAUCAUCUGCUAAUGGUACUGUUUCUCAACCUUCGGCAGCGCAAGGUCCACUUGUCGAAACGACGCCUUCGCACAACCCUUCUCCUAGAGGCCAGAACCAGAGGAAUAAUGGCUUUGCAUCACAAACCCGUGGUGGUGGUGGUGGUGGUGGUAGUGACAACUUUUCACCACGUGACUCUUACAGGAACCAAAAUGGUAACCACCACCACAACCACCAAAGUCAUGGUGGAAGGCGCAACCAGGAGCACGGGAAUCAAAACUGGACUUUCAGCAGAAGCUUUAAUGGGAGAGAUGGAAAUGCUGCAAAUUCACAAAGAGGUGCCCCAGCAUUCGUAAGACAUCCACCUCCAUCUAUGCAGUCAAUUCCUCCUCAGUUUAUGGCUGCUCAGCCUAUUCAGCCUUUUGGUAGCCCUGUGCCCUUCCCUACUGAAUUGGCAUCUCCAUAUUAUCCCCGUAUGCCUUUCAUCGGCCCGCUCUCACCUGGUCCUGUCUUCUACCAAGUCCAAGAUCCUCCUCUUAACAUAAAACUACAGAAGCAAAUACAUUAUUAUUUUAGUGAAGAGAAUUUGAUUAGAGACACAUAUCUUCGUGGGCACAUGGAUGAUCAGGGUUUUGUUCCGCUACAUGUGAUUGCUGGUUUCAAGAAGGUUGCAGAACUUACAGAUAGUAUACAGCAAAUAAUAGAGGCUCUACAAGGUUCACCGUUUGUUGAAGUGCAGGGUGACAGAAUAAGGAAGCGCUAUAAUUGGCACCAUUGGCUGCUUCCUGAAGAGACGAGUCACCAAUCUGUUGAUGCAAUGGCGAGCGGAGUUAGAAACUUGUCGAUUGGACAGAGCUCGGCCGAUCCAUUUGGUGGUUCAAGCAGCCAGUGGCAUCCUGCAGAAGCAAAAAACGAAGCUGCUUCAGAUGGUCAGCAACAGUUUUCUGUUGUUGGUCAAGUGAACAACAUCAACGACUCAGAUGGUGCAAACCGUUGAACCAUCAUGUUUGGAGCUGCUGGUUAGUGUUGGACAUGAAAUACAUUAUUUUGUCCUGCACGGAAUCAGGAAAAACAAUAAUGAAGGGGAAUCAAAAAAGAGAGAGAGUGAAAGGUAAGGCAUAAAACCAAAAAGAGAAGAGACUCAUAUGAAAACAGAAAAAGCAUCAAACAUUUCAUAAACUUUGGCAUAUUUAUGGUUCUUUUCUUCUUGGUUUUGGUUGUUUUUUUGGAUGCUAGUAACUUUUUUGUGUGUUUAUGCUACUUUGCUACAUAUGAUGGUCAUUAACAUUUGCUUGUAAAAACCAUUGUUAUUGUCUGGGAUUUUAUCGGUUUUGCUUGGCUA